GUCAGGAGGUGGGUGUCUGCUUCAGUGAGGCUGCAGGUUUUCUGAGGGGCGAAAAUGGCGCCCAGCUCGAAAUCAGGAAAACAUGAUAACAAACAAAAACACAGAAAACAAGACUCUCACGUCGUUAAACUGCUCAACCGUGGAAAGCUGUCAGGUCAGCUGUCGCAGCGAUGGUUCCUGAAACGUCGUCCGCGUGUACGUGUUCCCUUGAAGACUAUAGUCAGUGAGGCAACCUUACGAGCAGGGCACAUCUUUUUGGGCUUUACAAAAUGUGGACGCUAUGUGUUGUCUUAUACCCGUGACUAUGGGGAAGCAGAUGACACAUACACAUACCACCUGUACUGGUGGGAGUUCAAUCUGCACAAGAGUCUAAAGCAGGUGCAUCGCAUCCGCCUGUUUGCAGAUGAAACCAUCUACAGUGACUUAUACCUUGCAGUCUGUGAAUGGCAUAACGCCAAAUCAAAGAUAGUCAUCUUUGGCUUCAAUAUGUGCAGUUCCAGCUCAGCCCUGUUGAACAUGGUGAUGAGUGAUGAGAACAACAGAGACAUCUACAUCACCAUCAUCUCCAUGCCAGCUGCUAGGCCAUGCAUAGAGUGCAAGUCUUCCCCAUCUACAGCUGCCAUGGGAGCUGAGCCCCUGGAGCCUGGCUUUGUGCUGAACGCUCGCUAUCAGGUGGUGCAUCCGUUCCCCACCUUCCAGCCUGCCCUGCAGCUCAAGAAAGAGCAGGUGAUCCUGCUCAACACCAGCUACUUCCUGGUGGCUUGUGCCAUCUCUCUGUGCCAAGGAGAGCAACCUGGUGAAAAGGAGCAGGUUUUGUACAGGAGGAGACCUCACGUCUCAGUGCUUGGUCCUUGCGCUGCCCGGCCGCCGCCCACCCCGACUCCUCAGGGGUCACCUGAGAGGGUCCAGGAGCCCAGCCGGCCUUCCUCCACCCCUCUCUCACCCAGCCAGUCCCAGGCUGCGAUCAGGGCACGGGAGUUUGCGGCGGACAUUUUCCGGAGGGCCCAGGCAAGCAGCGCCGAGAGGGCAAGGCCGCCGAGGAGAGAGAGCGACGACAGAGAGAAAAGCCGAGAGGAGCCCAAGGAGGAGAGGAGGGAGGAUCGGAGUCAGAGGGCCAGGACUGACGGAGAGACGGAGCAGAGCGCCGAGGACGAGCGGCAGGCCGGCGCCGCGCCUCAGCAGGCCCCCUCCAGUGGGAAGCAGACCUCCUGCGUUAAGACGGAGCCGAGAGAGGAGGCGCUGGAGCCGCCCUCGCCACAGGCAGCGCCGGCCGAGCCAGGCUACGUCAACUACACACGCCUCAAGUACUGGCUGCAGCAGCCGGGCACCAUGCAACAAGACGGAGAAGGUGAGGGAGAAGAUCAGGAUGAUAAAGUCCAGCUUCCCUUCACUGUGUCAGACCUGAACGGCAACACACUGCAGCCGGUGAUAGGACCAUGUAACGGACAGUGUGUGUGCGUGGAGCAGCUCACACUGGACUUUGAGUAUGUGAUUAAUGAAGUUAUCCGGAACGAUGCCGAGUGGGCCUCCAGGUUCUGCUCCUUCAGUGAUUACGAUGUGGUCAUCCUUGAGAUGUGCCCAGAAACAAACAUCGUGGUCAUCAACAUCGGACUGGUGCUGCUCGCUUUUCCCCCAUCAGAGGAGAAGCUCUUAAGGCCUGAAUCGUUCCACACCAGCCUGCAGGUGAGCUGGGACCUCAACACUGGGGUGUGCUGCACCGUGGGGGUGGGAGAGCUCAAGGAGAUGAAGGGCCAGACCAGUGGCAGUGUGUGGAGCGGCUACCGCAAGUCGUGCGUGGACACGGUGAUGAGGUGGCUGGUCCCGGAGAGCAGCUCGCGCCACAUCAACCGCAUGACUAACGAGGCGCUGCACAAAGGUAUGCCGUUACAGGUGUUGGCUGACAGUGAUGGAGGCACAUGGAUCACCCGCUGAUACGGCGCCAGGAAGUGUAAUACAUGGAACACUACUCAACACUGACACAGCUGUGGAGUGUUUCCCGCGGCGUGUGUGUGGAUGCCCAGGGACAAAAAAUCACACACACACACACACACACUGACGUUACACACGUGAAUAUGCAGAUGAUAGUAACCUGCCAGGCGUCUUCUGAUGGGUCCUGCUCAUCUUCUUACUUGUACUGGGGCAUCGCUCCAGAUUUCUUUGCACCAGCGUUAGAACAUAUAUUCUUUAAGUUUACAGGAAGGACAUGUAUGUUCUCAUGUCUGAAGGACAAAUGUCAUUCCCUUUGAUUUUACACAUUUGUUUUCAUGGUCAUUGUCUUUCUUGUCUGUAAACAUGUGUCAAGUGUGUCUUUUAUGAAACCCGGUUUCAGCCCUCUGGCCUCUGCACUCUCCGUCUGAUGCGUUUGUACAGGAUAGGUCUGUGGCUUUGCUGUCAGCAGAGAACCUAAUCAUUUUGUAGAUUUCCUCUUUAAAUAUAAUAAUUGUAGUAUAUGAGUUAGGUUGCCCCAUUACAAUACUCAAAAGGAAGUAUUUGGACAUUUUAUUGUUGUCUAAUGUACUCUGAUUUUAUAUUAACAGCUAAAUAAAAUAAGGGAAAAUA